AUGGCUGCUUUCUGGGAGAUGAUGGAUGUUGAUGUCGAUGCUGGGCCAAGUACUGAACAUAUAAAAGCAGCAUUUGGGAGAUGCGAGGAGUGGUCUCGGGAAGAUCGCAUGCGGCUCGGAUACCUUGCCAUCUUCACUGGAUUCAUUGAAGGGAGAAAGUACUCAACCGCUACACGGGCUAGUCUUGCAAGGCUAGUGAUGGAUUUAGAAAUAUUUGAGAAUUAUCCUUGGGGGAGAGUGGCAUUUAAGGUGCUGAUGGAGUCUUUGAAGGGUGUAAAUUUGGAAUCAAAUUCAUACACUGUUGAUGGGUUUGUUCAAGUUCUCCAGGAGUGGGCGUACUUUGCUCUGCCAGAAUUUGGUGCUAAUUAUAGGCAUCCCCUACCAAACAGACCGUCUCCGCUGAUGCUGGCUUACAAUGGUGGCAAAGGACACAUAUUUUUUAAAGAGGCCAUUAGCAGACAUACUAGCGUGAUCAACUUCGUCCAGAAGGACUUUGCUGAGAUGUUUCCACGAUGGGACUUUGAUGUAGAGGACCCGACCGCGGAGAACAUAAUCAAAGUCAUGUUUAACGCGAAAGCUAAUUGGAACUGGACCAUGAAUUGCUGGGAAGUCACCGGUACUAAACCGAGAGUGAAGAAGGAAGAGAGUACAGCGGAGACAGAGAGUGGUGUGAAGGAGGAAAGUGCAGUACCUCGGAAGAAAGCUCGUAAAGCGGCUUCUGUUGAGGCUAGUAAAGUGCCUUCUGCUGAGGCACCUGCAGAGGCUCAUUUAGAGGCUUCUACGUCUGUUGGUGGGAUGACCAUGGAGCAGAUUGAAAAAAGCUUCAAGGGCAUAGCUGAUGUCAUGAGGGAUAGUUUGGGAUGUGCCUUAGGGAGAUCAAGUUGUUGGGGGAUAGGAUAG